AUGCCUCCCCAGACGCAGACAGUCUUCCGGCUGACUUCGAGAAAUGGCUUUGAUGGGCUGCAGGCGUUCAAAGAGCCCAUUCCAACCAUUGGCGAUUACGAAGUCCUCGUGAAGAUUCGCAGUGUUUCCAUCAACUAUCGCGACAUCGCCAUUGCGCAUGACAAGUACCCCCUCAUGGUCAAGGACCAGGUCAUUCCUUGCUCCGAUAUGGCUGGUGAGGUCGUCGGGGUUAGCAGCCAAGUCGAGGAUAUUUUUAUCGGUGACAACAUUGUCGCACCCAUUAGUUCCUCGGCGCUGUAUGGUCCAGUGAAAGAGGACCGUAACACGCUCGGCGGAGGCAAAGAUGGCGUACUCAGAGAAUAUAUCGUACUCCCGGCCCACACGGUGAUCAAGCUGCCCAAAUCACCUCACACCUUCAGCGAAUGGGCUGCUUUGGUGGGGACGGGAACAACUAUUUGGAAUUGUUUUUAUGGCUACGUGCCAUUGAAACCAGGCCAGACAGUCCUCAUUCAAGGCACGGGAGGCGUUGCCUUGACCGCUCUCAUCUUCGCAAGAGCUGCUGGUGCGACCACGAUUCUUACGUCGUCAAGCGACGAAAAGCUCGAGAAAGACUCAUCCCAAUUGGGCUGCUGA